AGACAGAAAGAACGAAGGAAACUGGAGAAGGAGAAGAGCGCGGAUGCUGAGCAGGAGGGAGAAGCGUCAGAGUCUGAGAGUGAAAGUGAGGAGGAGGAGGUAGAGAGGGUAGUACCUCCUGCCAAGAACAAGCCCACGCCUCCUCUCACUGUGUCUGGGAACAAGAGCAACCGCCAGCCCCCUGUCAGGACCCUAGAGGAGGAGCCAGAGUGGGACGUCCGCAGUGCGUUUGUGGCCAACGCUGCCAGUCACAUCAGACCCAAAGCCAGGACCAGUGCAGGCCACGCCUCUAGAGAGAACAAGGAGAACGAGUCUAGGACUAGCGAGGUGGAGAGUUCAGACCCUGUGAAGAAGAAGGGAGCUUCACUAACAGAGAAGGGUAUUCAGUUGUUUAAGCAGGGCCAGUACUCUCAGGCUGUGGACAUGUUCUCUGAGGCUAUCCACUAUGACCCCAAAGACCACAGGUUCUUUGGGAAUCGUUCAUACUGCUACUGGUGUCUGGAGCUCUACCCCUCUGCCCUAUCAGACGCUCAGAGGUCCAUCCAGCUUGCCCCUGAUUGGCCAAAGGGAUACUUUCGCAAGGGGAGUGCACUGAUGGGGUUGAAGCGGUAUGGUGAGGCAGAGGGGGCCAUGCAGCAGGUGUUGAAGCUGGAUCAGGACUGUGAGGAGGCCUCCAUUGAGCUCUUCAACUGCAAGGUCCUGCAGCUCAUGGAUCUGGGUUUUGAAGAGGGGCAGAGUGUGUUGCUGUUGGAGAAGUUUACCACGGUGCAGGCUGCUCUCGGCUCCCCUGAGGCUGACAGAGUGGUGGACCUCUCCUCCCCUGAGGACUCUACUGGGUCCCCCUGUCCCUCUCUCUGGGUGGGGAACGUCACCGUGGACCUCACUGAGAAGCACAUAUGGGACCUUUUCAAAACGUGUGGUGAGAUAGAGAGUAUCAGAGUUCUACAUGAGAGAUUCUGUGCCUUUGUCAACUUCAAGAAUGCCAACAUGGCCGCUGUCGCCUUGGAGAGGCUCCAGGGUGUGGAGCUGGAGAGCACCAGGCUGGUAAUCAGGUACCCAGACCGCUGGGUCCAGAGAACCCCUCCCUCUCCUCAGAGGACCAACUCUAUAGGCCUCAACACCUCCUCAGCCUCCCAGUAUGCCUCCACAGGGACCAGGAGGAUGUCUCCCAUCAAUGGUGACGAGUGUUUCUUCUGGAGGACCACCGGCUGUUUCUAUGGUGACAGGUGUCGCUUCAAACACAAGCCUGACCAGAGAGGAAGAGACAGGAAACCAUGGCAACCCUGACCACCACGCAGGGACUGGAUAGUACAGAGGGAGGAGAAUGAUGAGGAUGAGGGACUGUGUCCCUACUUUAAAAGGGAAAAGGAGGUUGAGGGUGGGGGCGGGGGGUGUCACCCCGUUUGUAGUCCUCUGGCACAGACCACAGAUCCCAGACAGAACACUAGACAUAUAUAAUGAGUGUGUGAAGUGUCAAUCAAAGUGAAGAGGAGUGCACCUCUGAUUUCCUUCCCCCUCUCCCUCGGCCGGAGCUGUGAAACAUGGAAAUGACAUCAUCAUUAGAACUUGAAGGGAUCUUUGCCCAGUGAACCUCCUCUAUGAUGACCAUGUUGUAGACACUAAGGGGGCUGACAUCUGUUGUUAUCAUGUGUUUUACUGUGUAUGUAUUUAUGGUCAUGUGACUGAACAUGUGACCUGAAUGUGUCACUUUGAGACUCAGUGCCAGCAUGAUGCCAUAGGGUGCCAAGUAAUUGUCCCUACAGGGGAUAAAUAAACAAUGCUUUUUAAUUGAAUAUGGGGCACGUUCCAGGCAGACUAAAUUGCAGUCACCUGCCUUCUCUCACAACACCUGGAUAAGUGUUUGUUUAAGAUGUCAGCUAACCCAUCAUGAUUUAGCAAACUGAUGCAGGACUGCACAGUCAGUGACGUGGCACGCAACCAUGAGUCAGUCUGGAACAUCACCAGUGUCCAUGGGGUGUUCUAACAUCCAGACCACCUUAAAUGAAACAAGUAGUGUGCUACUGUGGAUAUUGGAACAAGACCCAUAACACCUUCCUAAUAUUGAGUUGCUCCUCC